CUAGUUGACAGGCUCCGAGGUGCUGCUGUGGCGGCGUCCUCCAGGCUGGGGCUGAGGCGGGUGGGAGCCGGAGCUGAGCGCGGGCUGCAGGAGGAGGGGGGGCGACUGGAGAGCGGCGGCGGCAGCGGCGGAGGCGCGGGACGCGGAGCCUCUUCCACUUUUUUCCCCCCGGGGGUGUUCCCUCGCACCCUCCCACUCCACACACACACCCCGCUUGCCCGUGAGCCUGGGGAACUUGCAGCUUAAAGCCAGCCACCCCCACGGCAACAUGUACCCCAGCAAUAAGAAGAAAAAGGUGUGGAGAGAGGAGAAAGAACGUUUACUGAAGAUGACCUUAGAGGAGAGACGCAAAGAAUACACAAGGGACUAUGUUCCCCUGAACACCAUCCUAUCGUGGAAGGAGGAGGUGAAGGGCAAGAGCCAAAAUGAUGAGGAGAACACUCGUGAAACAUCACAGAUGAAGAAAAAUUUGAGUGAAAAAGUUUCUCUCUACAGAGGUGACAUUACAUUGCUAGAGGUAGAUGCCAUUGUCAACGCAGCAAAUGCCAGUCUUCUUGGUGGUGGAGGUGGUACUACAUGAUCCCAGCAUUCCAUCAUGGAUCAGGUCUGGGAAAUGACCUGGAUACCUUUUGUUAUAUCCACAAGAUUAUGACUACAUCAUGCACGAGCUUGCAACAUGACUGCAAAGGUCCAAAUAAAAGCUCUAUGUGCUUCAUAUCCCUUUAUUAGAAUAUUCUUCUCUUGUAUGGUUUUCCAGUGAGUAUGUGAUGAGUUGAGGCUGUGGGUGGAAGCUGCUGCAAUUAGUUUUGCCUCAGGU